AGCGUCUUCCAAAAUUUUUUUUAAAAACCUUCUCAGACAUGAAACUGCCUGAAAUGAGCACGCGUUGACCGAAGGAUUACAAGAAAUCGCGAGGACAAAUGGCAGCAGCACCACUUUGCAGAGAAUGUUUUUAUUUCCUUCCAGGUUGAAAUGCGGCAACGAGAGCGUGCCCUCAAUGUCUUCGACAGCCAACUGCGUGCUUGCGGCGAGGAGAACCUGUGAGGUGUUCGCGUGCACCCCAAACAGGCCGUCCCAUGGAGCCCAGAACUCAGACAUGGACGCGGCCUGGCAGGAACUGAUGGCCAUAACAGAGCUGCAGGGCUUGGAAACGCCCGGUGAAAGCUCCUAUGAAGCAACGCCGUCGUACCAAAGCGUUCAGCCGACGGGUUCUUUGGGCGCGUACGGAGCCGCCCACUGCCACCACGUGCCCGCUCCCGCCGCGUACGACGGAGGAUACUCGGAGGAGGCCGCGGUGCGUCAUCACCCAGGCGGCGACGCGGAGGCGCUCUACGAGCACUCCGGACCACAAGCGGACCAGGGAGCGCUGCCGAUCUUUGCCCGCUCUCGCCAUCCGCCGGGGACGCUGUCGCAACAAGUGAGCUCACCGGGACACAGUCGAGGGGACGGAAGGCUAAACGGCGGUCUUCCUUUGGGUCCCGGGCAACACGUGACGUGGACAGCGCACGGCCAAGGUUCAUUUGUUCAUUCGGGUGAUGAUCUGGAGUCAGACUCUGGUCUCUCCCUCGCCUCCAGUCCACCCUUGGCCUCGCCAGAAAACUCCGUCGCCGGGGCACCGGGAUACCGGACCGCGAACGCGACGGCCGUUACGUACGGCGACGGGGAACGAGAACCUAUGUCCGAAUGCUACACAAGAGCGGAAAACUACCAGAAUCCAUCCGAUCCUUAUCUGCACGCGGGCCCUCAUUCAUCCUUUUACACAGCCCAACACCACUCUAACCAUUCACAGUUCAACGACCCGAACCUCCAAGCGGCCAAGCAGCUGACGCCGGGUGACCUUUACAGCUCAGAGUUGCCCAGCAGAGGGAGCUGGCAUCACACCGUCAGCCACUCAAAGCCUCCGGGGACCGCGAGCAGGAGCAGGGACGAGCGGCGGGCCAUCGCGCUCAAGAUCCCCUUCCCGAUGGAGAAGAUCAUCAAUCUGCCAGUGGACGACUUCAACGAGCUCCUGACGCAGUACGCCCUGACCGACGCCCAACUGGCGCUGAUCAAGGACAUCCGGCGCCGGGGCAAGAACAAAGUGGCGGCUCAGAACUGCCGCAAGCGCAAACUGGACAGCAUCGUUCACCUGGAGCAAGAGUUGGGUCAGCUGCAGGCUCACAGAGACGGCCUGCUGCAAGAGAAAUUGCACUUCCAGCGCAGCUUGACGUACAUCAAGUGCCACCUCACUCAACUCUACGCCGACGUCUUCUCCCACCUGACGGAUGAAACCGGACGACCGUACUCGGAAGACGAGUACGACCUGCAGCAGAUGCCGGACGGGGAAACCUACUUGGUGCCGCACAACUAAACAAUUCUGAAACGCGGACGUGCCCUUUCGUUCUCUCGUUCAGCUCCGACGCUUUUCCCUUUAGAUGUUAUUGUGCGAGUAAAAGAACACAAACGCCAGUUUGUACGAAAAUAAAAUUUAUUAAAAACAUUAAAAAAAAAAAAAAAAAAAAACAAGCCAGCACCAGUCGUUCUCCAGAAUCCUGCAAGAAAAGAUUGAAGUCCAUUUAACAGACGUGCAAAUUAUGUGGGGGGGGGGGGGGAGAUCCCCCCCGCACAGGUUUCAGAUUUUUAACAAAUUAAGCAAAUCUGUAAAACUGAGGAGCACAAAAAAGCAAAAUAAAUUUUUUUUGCAUGCUGAUAAACUUUUACACAGCUGAACUACAGGAUUUACAAAUUUAAGCUUCAACCUAAUUUCGCCCCACUUCUUUGCUUUUUUUUUUUUUUUAAUGGGCCAUUGCUAUAUUUGAAGUUACUUCAUUCUGCUUUAACAUAUUGCCUGACAUCGCUGCCGCUUAAUCCAUUUAACUUUAUCAUCUAAUUACAGAAAUGUAGGCCCAUAACCAGACGACUACAAGAUGUACAAACGAACCAUUUUUUUUUUUUUUUUAAAAAUACAAUUAUUCACAAAUCAUGUUCAACCGAUAUUUGAUUAAAUACAUUACAAAGAGAAGUUGACGUUCAAGCUGAUGAACCACUGUUUUAGCAACCAUGAGCUUGAAAUUUUAGGGCUGCAACCGGUUCCCGAAAAGCUGGGACAGGGUCGUGUUUGUCACAUUUUCUUUUUAACAACAUUCAAUAAAAGGUUUGGACAGCGUUGAGGCUUUGUAAGUGGAAUUCUUCAUUUUCUUGCCGAAAUAAGCAGAGGCGUCCGUGAAAAAGAUGUCGCUUGGAUGGCAGCACGUUUCUCCAAAACCUUUAUGAACCGUCAACAGAAGUGCAAGUUACCAGCGCCAUUGGAACGAACAGCCCAACACCAACACAGACGUUGGCUUUUGAGCUUUGCGUCCGUUACAUUCCGGGUGGUUCUUUUCCGGACGUCCACAAUUCCCCGUAACAAUUUGAAACGUGCGCUCUUCGGACCAGAGAACACUCUUGUCAUCUGUACACCUUAGUAAAGUUUUCAGUUGGACUUACGGAUGCAGCACCAAACUGUAUUGACUGAUAGUGUCUUUGUAAAGUGUUCCCGAGUCCGUGUUUACACACUGAUGUGGAUAUUUGAUGCAGCGCCACCUGAGGGGCUCGAAGGUCGCGGGCGUUCAAUGUCGGUUUUCAGCCUUUCUCCAGAUUCCCUGAACCUUUUGAUAUUACGGACCGGAGAUGAUACAAUUGUACGUCGGGGAAAAUUGUUUCAAAGAGGUUAACCUGGCCCAGUCUUUGCUUGCCAAUUCAGGGAAGUUUCUUUCGUGCCCACCCGUUCCAAACUAGCCUGUUCGCCUCGGAGAUUUCUCAACUGUCAGUCACAGCUUUUUGGAACGUGUGGCAGCCAUAAAAGUCAAAGUUCUUCAUUAUUUGUUCAACAUGAAGUGUAUCCAAUUAAAAGAGUACUUACUUGACAAUCUGACUCAAGUAAAA